ACUGGGCGUGAGUGUCACAUGUCGCCGCAGUGAGACAAGCGGCAGUUUGACACCUCCGCUUCCCCAGCAGAGACACGCUCAGACCAGCCGCUGAAUAUCUCUGGACCUGCAGGAGACGGACGGCGAUGGCGACCGGUGACAGCCAGGCAACUUUUGAGUCGUGGCUCAACCAGGCCACAGACCCGGAUAACCAGGAGGACAGGUGGGACUGCAUCCAGGGCUUCUACCAGCUUGUCAACCAGGAGCCUGAUGGGCCACAGGUAGCCACUCGUCUUCUUGCUCAUAAAAUCCAGUCCCCGCAGGAGAAAGAGGCUCUGCAGGCGCUCACUGUUCUCGAGGCAUGUAUGAACCACUGUGGGAAGAGGUUUCACAGCGAGGCCGCCAAGUUUCGCUUUCUCAAUGAGCUCAUCAAAGUGUUAACACCAAAGUACUUCGGCGCCUGGACUCCUCAGAAAGUUAAAGACAGAGUGACAGAGGUCUUCUACGGCUGGACGCUCUGGCUGAAAGAUGAACCCAAGAUACAGGAAGCCUACAGCAUGCUGAAGAAACAAGGUAUAGUGAAGAAAGACCCCAAACUACCAGACACACUCAUAAUGGCUCCUCCACCACAAAGAACCACAGAGUCUGUUUUUGACCAGGAGGACAAGGCCAAGCUGUUGGCCAGAUUAUUGAAAAGUGCCCGUCCUGAAGACCUGGAAACAGCAAACAGACUCAUUAAAAGCACCAUCAAGGAGGAGCAGGAGAAGGCAGAGAAAGUGCUGAAGCGUGAAUCUACUCUGAAGGAGGUGGAGAGCAGCACCAAGCAGCUCAAAGAGCUACUGGACCAGCACACAAGCACUGGAACCUCGUUACAGCCCAGUGAUGAUGUGAAGGCCUUGUACGAACGCUGUGAACGGCUGAGGCCCACCCUGUUCCGCCUAGCCAGCGACACGAUGGACGACGAUGCUGCUCUGGUGCAGAUCCUGGCGGCUAACGAUGAGCUAACGCUCACAGUCAGCGCCUACAAAGAACAGUUGGGGAGAAGAGAGUGCAACGGUGGAAGAGAGAGAAGUAAAAGUGAGGAAGAAGUGAUGAGUAAAAACAGCGCUCCUACGAGUCCCAGAGAGAUUAAAAGCUACCACCUCAUCGACCUGUCAGCACUGGACUCUCCACCGACUCACAGAAAAGCUGAUUCACCAAUGCCCUUCAAAUCCUCUUCGCCCCUUUUCUCCUCUGAUAUGGAGAACGCCUUCCACUCUGUACCUAACCAGGAUUUUACAGCAUUAGACUUAGAUAACAGGGUCUCGAAACAGACUCAAGAGACUUCGAAGUCGUACUACGAAGAGCUGAUGCAGCUUAAUGGAGACAUUCAGGAGAGGAAUGAUGAGCAGAAUGGAGGGAGAAGCGUUUUGAGAUCCCGUGGAUGUGGGGGGAGCAGCACCACAUCAAAUGAGAAUAAUAUUUGGUCACUCCCUCAGAAUCAGCAGUUCACUGGAUUGAGAUCACACACACAACCAAAUGAAGUGUCUGGGGAGAGCUUGUGUGCUCCACAGUUACUGAAAAACAUCUUUGUUCCAAUGGAGACCAUCCAAUCCAGUCAGCUGGAGCCGAUCACUUUAUACGAUCAGGGCGGAGUCCACGUCUCUCUCCAUUUUGCCAGAGACUCUCCACCGGGUCACCCAGGUGUCGCUGUGGUCGUCAUCUCCACGGUGAACACUUCUGCACUUGAUGUGAAAGACUUCCUGUUUCAAGCAGCUGUUCCAAAGACGAUGCUGGUGAAGCUUCAGCCUGCCUCAGGGACACACCUACCUCCUUACAACCCUCUGCUGCCUCCACCUGCCAUCUCCCAGGUUCUUCUAUUAGCUAAUCCUCAGAGGCGUAAAGUGCGUCUACGUUACAAGCUGACACUGACACAGGGAGGCCAACAGCUAAACGACACAGGAGAGAUCGACAACUUCCCAGACUGGACCUCUUUCACUGGCCACUAAAAUCUCAGACACUUGGAUUUAAAAAAAAAAAAAAAGCUGCACAGGACCUAAAAUCUAGAUUUUGAGUGCAGAGAGAGUUAAUGUGGGAAACAUGUGACCACACCUGGAAUCGAUCAUUACGAGGUAAACGACCACCACAGCAAGCAAACAUCAGGGCUGUAUUUACAGAAAAAGACUUUUCUGCAUUAUAUAACAUACAUCAUGCAUAGUGCAUCCCUGGACAUUAUCUCAAAAAGACAUGGGUGGGUUUGGUACAUCCUUCAUUGUACCUGGUUCAGGUAUUCAGUAUUCUGCUGUUGUCUUAUUGAGCCGUUUCUGUGGUUGCUGCUUGUUAUUAGUUUGAUAAAACAGUAUAUUCAUCUUACAUGUGUUUGUUGACUUGUAGCUGGUUACAUGUCUGCAUAGGAAACGGUAUUUAUUUGCUUUUAUGCACAUGUCAUUCAAAAUUCCUAAAGUGCCUUAAGAUAGAAAUGUGUUUUUUUCUUAAGUAUGUAUUUAUUUUAAGUAAAGGAUAAUUCCAGUACAUUUCAACCAGGUGUGUUUCUCAUUAAUGUGGAUACUGGAGCUCUAUGAGUCGUGAUAACUUUGCAUUCGCCACCUCUAUUGUAGAGAUAUGGGGAAAUGAGAUCUUGUGCAAAACAGCAUAUAUUGGGGCAAUCAGCACGAGCCUCCUCCAGCUUUCCAAAUAAAUGUGACUUUAACAUGAACCAUUUCAAACACUUGUUUCGGACUCUUACAGGAAGUAAACACAGAUUGUAGCCACUAGUAAUAGCCAUUGUGCUGCAUUCAUUACUGCAUUCCUAGUGGCGAGAAUCUGUGUUUACUUUCAGUAAAACUCAAACAAGUAUUUGAAAUGAUUUGUGUAAAAAUCAGGUUUAUUUGGAAAGCUAUAUAAGGCUUGUGCUGAUUGCCCCAACAUAUGCUGUUUUGUGGAAGUCUUUGUUUCCUCAUCUCUCUCACUACUCAUAGAGACACAGUAUCUACAUUUAUGAGAAAUGCACCAGGUUGAAAUAAACUGGAAUUUUCUUUCAAGUUAUGUACCUCAAACAAGGUACAUAUCAAGGUUGCCUUAAGGACUAUGUGUGUGAGAAAAACCUUAAAAAUUAAGAUUGCAUUAGUAUGUAUUUAUCUGUGUUUGAAUACAAGUGGAAGUUUUCUGCUUUUAGGAGGAAAAUUAAUGAAAGUUUAUUAUUGUAUUUUGAAUUCAGCCAAUUUAAAAAAAUAAAAUAAAACAUAACAUCAGAGUGCUCAAUUUUACAGAGACUCAAACAGCUUUAAACACUGCAACUUAAAAGCAAAUGAAGGGAAGAUCUUUCACAAAACAGUCAGCAUUUAGAGGAAGAAACUAAAUGUUGUAAAGAGGUGAAACACAAGCAAACAAAGAAACAUUUUCCAAUUUGACAGCUCGUAUAAGGCAUAAAGAUAUGACCUGUGAAUACAGAAAUGCUGCAGUGUCAACAUAAGGUUAAUUUCUGCAGGAAAAGCAAAGAAAGUUGAUUGUAUUUUAGUUUUAAUAUUGUGAUUGUGCAUUUCUGCUGUUACUGGAGAUACUGGCUUCACGUAUUUAUUUCCUUUUGUCUCAGUAGCAUUUUUGUCAGUUUUUAGUGUCCCUCAGAAACAUCUGUUGUGAGUUUGCUUGGUUAAUGUAAGUGCAGCCUGUUUCUUUAAUAUCAAAUUGGUGAAUGUUUUUCUAAACUUGUUUGGGUUGUAUUUAUUUGCAGCUUUUAAACGAAUGUCAGUUUUGUGAAAAUCGGCAAGAUCAUUUCUUAUUUUGCUCAUGUUUUUGUAAGUUGCAGUUUGUUGAGUUCUUUCGGUCACUGUAGACUUGAGGCCUCUGUUGCCUCUCACUAAGUCUUUGUUAAUUUCACGUAAACAGCUCAGUAUUUCCCGACUGCUUGUCUUAUACUGUGAAGUUGUACGAGCCCAGAAACAAGGAAUUUAAGUGCAUUUUGAAUUCCUUGUUUCAUCUAUAAAACCAACUGCCCUUCAGGUUUUGUCAGAGGACUCUGGAUGAUUUAAGGCUCAUCUGAAUGUUUUCUUUGAAUGCUUAUCUUCCUCCUGCCUGUCAGUUCGACAGUCUGUUGCUCUGCUGCCAAUAAACGCAGAUCUGUAACAUGA